AUGUCUGCUGCUGCCUCUAAUUCCAAGCCGCCGGCUGGCCAGAAGCCGCCCGAGGAGACAAUACUCUGUGCUAUCCGCCCUAUGUUGGUCAAGCCUGGCAUCAUACCCCAUGACGAUCCCGGCCACAACACCCUCAAAACUUUCAUCGAUCUCCUCGACACCACCGCCACUGAGAAGGAGCAACGCCUGAAGGUCUCUCCUUUUAGGGCGGUGGGCAACACCUUCGACUUCAGCGACCCCGCCAAUUGUCACCUUCCGAACGUCUGGCAGUUCGCUGACCAGGCCGACCUCGCCCGCCUGUACGACGCCGUUUUCCGCAGCGACAAACAGCCCGACUUCAUCAAGGCGGCCAACCUCCAUAUCUACAUCUGGUUUCCCCAGCGCGGGCCCCAGCCCUCCAAGAAGCCCAACUUUCACCAUCUGAUUGACAUCCGGAACUUCACCCUCUACGGCUGGUGUGGAUGUCUUCCCCGCGACAACCCGAAGACAAGCCGUACCUUGGUCCUGACCACGGACCGGAUGCAUGACUGCACGCACUGGUCAAAGUACCCUGCCACGCCGGUCCAGUCCACACCCGGCAGCCACGCGACGGCGCCCCAUGGCCCCCCUCCCACACGGAUUGGCGUCAUCAACGGCCACUUCCCCCAUGGGGUGCUGUAUCCACCUCCCCCGGAGGACGAGAACUCGAACAUCGUCCCUCAUCACAUCUAUGGUGGCAUCCACUUGGACCAUAGCCAUGGACGGGCACUACCGCCCCCAGGCAUCCUCUCGAAUGACCGGCCUGCGUGGCCUGAGUCUCCCAUCGUCCCCAGGGAGAUUUACCUAAGCUCCUCGACAUCACAAAAGUAG